AUGGUGAUUCGAAGACGAGGUGCAGAUGGUAGGAUUCCAGACCGCACUUUAGGUCGGGGCACAUCUUCAUCUGCAGCUGAGCCGGCUGGAUAUCCAGGAGGGUCGUACGAUACGUCUCUUUUGGUGAAGUACGAGCAUCAUGUUGCUCGACAUUUAUGGUUUGGUGAGGAAAGAGGUCCAAAGAAAGAGUUGAAGGUUGCUGGACAUGGACUGAAGCUGACAUCUAGGAUUUCAUUGGCUCUUCCACCACAGAUGGAGAGUUGGGUAUCUAGAUCUGGUUUAUCUUCACUUCAGAGAACUAGUCUGAACAAGAUAGACACAAAUCUUGUCUCUGCAUUUGUGGAAAGAUGGCAUCUAGAGACAUCUUCAUUUCACAUGCCGUUUGACGAAAUGAGCAUUACUUUGGAUGAUGUCUCAUGUCUGCUUCACUUGCCCAUCAGGGGUAUCUUCUAGAGUCCUCAGGAUGUCACGGAAGAGGUAGUUGUUGAACUUGCUGUUGACUACUUAGGAGUGUCACAGGGUGAGGCACAAUCACAUGUUCGUAGCUGCAGGGGUUCGUAUUAUAAGUUGGAGUGGUUAUACGAUUUAUUCGUACAAGAUAGAGUUGCUUCCAAUUGGGCAUAUGCGACCAGAGCAUAUAUGUUGAUGUUGGUGGGUUCCACCAUUUUUGCCGAUAAGACCUUUACACUUGUAGAGGCACGAUACCUCCUACUGUUUACGGACUUAGAUAGAUGUUCAGGAUAUAGUUGGGGAGCAGCUGCACUAGUUACCCUAUACAGAUAUCUUGGAGAUGCGUCCAUGUUCAGUUGCAAACAGCUCGGUGGAUAUCCUACUCUCCUACAGGUAUAUAAUUUAAUUUUGUUUAUUAAGUGUUUGAUUCAUUUUAUAAAAUAUGUUAACUUAAUUUAUUUUAUUUAUUAUGUUUGUAUUUUGCAACAUUGUUGGAUUCACGGGUACUUUCCAACUGUA